UAUAGACAGUACACGCGUCCACCGUCCCCACGACUUUUUUACAGCUGUUUCUCACACGCAGAAUUUUUCUAUAAACAGCAGUUGAAAUCCAGCUUAUCAAGAUUUUUGUUUUGCUUCUGUCUUUAUUGAAUUCUCAAGAAAGUCCUAGAAUCUUGUUCUUUGCACAAAAAGAUCGAAUCUUUACACACACCCAUCAAAGAAUAACGAAGUAUUUUCAGUUUCCAUCGCUCAAUUUCCAGUUUUUUUGUUUAGAUUUUGCUAAAAAUGGGAGCUGAAGCUGAGGUUAUGGUUCAACUUCAACAUACCAUCCCUGUGUUGGAUGUCCCCUGUUGUUCUGAUUUGGCAAAAAUAUUCCACAUGAAAAUUCCGGAGGAUCCCAUCACACCAACAGUGUUAAGUAUCUCUUGGUGGUCAAUGAAGAUGCAUCCACAUUUAUAUUUCGAAUUAGAAUGAAUCGGUAGGUGCAUGUGGGUAAUCAGCCAUGUUGAAAUUGUUUACUGAUGGAAAAUGACCAAUUGACCAAUGUUGUCUGGAAAUGUAGAGCUUAAUUGGCUUUUUCAAUAUACUAUUUAUAGCAUUUGCUAAGGUAGUCUUAAUAGUUAAGAAUUGGUCGAGUCCUCCCAACUAAAUAAACCAACUCUUCUUCUUUUCUAAUGCGAGUUGUGAUAACUUGGUAGCUUGACUUUUCUGGCAUGUUGCUGUUUGAAUAAAGAGGAUGUCAGAGGGGUUUGAAAGGCAGGGCAAGGAGGAGGACAGAUUCUUCUUUCUCUUUUGUUCGGGGGUGAGGAACUGGGGGGAUAAUGAGUUACAUUACUUCACUGUUCUCCUUCAAAGAAUAAAUCUAAAUAAGCUGUUAAUAGCAAGUCUUUAACCAAGCUAACUAAGGGAAAUGAUAUUCCAAUUAUGUUUUCUUAGUAAUUGUACUACUAUAAUCCAUUAAAAUCAUCUGUAACUUUAGAAAAAAACUAUUAAUUUAAUCAAAGAUAUUUUAAGUAUGUAGAUGAAUGAUCUUAAUAAGCCUACCUUAGCAAAUGACGUAGCAUACCAAGCUAAGAAGGGACAUCCUAAUUUGUUCCGUUUCCAUGAACCGAAAAGUUAUCAAUGAUUAAGUAGAUGUAUAUAGAUGAAUGAUCUUAAUAAGCGUACCAUAGCAAAUGACGUAGCACACCAAGCUAAGCAGGGACAUCCAAAUUUGUUCCGUUUCCAUGAACAGGAAAGUUAUCAAUAAUUAUGGCAAUUAGAGGUGAUGGUUGUAAACAAAUUAGGAAACUUGAUGGAAAAAAAGGUGUUUGAGUAAUAAAGUUAACUAAGAGAAAAUGAGAUUCCAAUUAUGUUUUCUUAGUAAUUAUAGUACUCUAAUCCAUAUAAAUUAUCUAUAACUUGAGAAAAACUAUUAAUUGAAUCAAAGAUACUUUAAGUACAUAGAUGAAGGAUCUUAAUAAUCCUACCUUUAGCAAAUGACAUAGCAUACCAACCUAAGCAGGGACAUCCAAAUUUGUUCUGUUUCAACAAAACAAAAGGUUAUCCAUGGUUAAGUCACACCACCUGGAUACUGGCAAUUAGAGCUGAUGGUUCUAAACAAAUCAGAGAACUUCAUGAGAACUGAGGAUGUCAAAUCACCAGAGUCGACAAUAUUGCAAUUCAUUCCUAGCAUUCGCUCAGGUAGCUUUGCUGAUACUGGCCCACGUAGGUUCAUGGAAGAUGAACAUAUAAGGAUAGAUGAUCUAUCUGCACAUCUUGGCUCACUCAUGAAAUUUCCGAAGCCCAGUGCUUUCUAUGGGGUAUUUGAUGGUCAUGGAGGACCGGAAGCUGCAGCUCAUGUGAGAAAAAAUGUACUCAGAUUGUUAUUUUCAGACACCAAUUUUCCAGAGACUUCAGAAGUUGAUGAUGCAUUUCUAGAAGGGGUGGAGAGUUCUCUUAGGAAGGGGUUUCUUCUGGCUGACCUCGCUUUAGCUGAUGACUGCAAUGUUAGCAGUUCUUCUGGAACCACUGCCCUGACAGCUCUUGUGUUGGGAAGGCUAUUAAUGGUGGCAAAUGCAGGAGACUGCCGAGCAGUCCUUUGCCGUAACGGAGAGGCAAUUGACAUGUCUCAAGACCAUAGACCAAAUUAUCCAUCGGAGAGGAGGCGUGUUGAAGAGUUAGGUGGAUUUAUUGAUGAUGGCUAUCUGAAUGGUAUACUAUCAGUGACCAGGGCCUUGGGGGACUGGGACAUGAAGCUGCCUCGUGGCUCUGCGUCUCCUCUGAUUGCUGAGCCAGAAUUUCGACAAAUAGUUCUGACAGAGGAGGAUGAAUUCCUUAUUAUUGCUUGUGAUGGAAUCUGGGAUGUCUUGUCUAGUCAACAAGCAGUUAGCCUAGUGCGUCGAGGUCUAAGACGGCAUGAUGAUCCUGAACAGUGUGCCAAGGACCUUGUCAUGGAGGCGUUGCGGCUGAAUACAUUUGACAAUCUCACAGUAAUUGUUGUAUGCUUUACUUCCCCUGAUCAUCAAGAGCUAUCACCAAUGCGUCAAAGGAGAUUAAGGAGCUGCAGCUUCUCUGCAGAAGCCUUGUAUAGCUUGCAGAGCUGGUUAGACAACAAAGGGAGCCAUUGACGGCGGCGGUGCAAGCUGUUUGCAUCUGCUUCAUUUGGGCAGAAUAAAGAGCAGCUAUAGUUUUGGUAGUAUGAUCUUCUCUUCUUGCUUUUAUAUUUGGGUGGAUGUAUGUACAUACCAUUCGUUGGUGAGUUGGGAGCUACACUGACUUUUAGUUUAUUGUGGCUGUUAGCGUAAUGGCCGUGUUUAUGUAAAACCCAUUCUAUUAGUUGUACAUAAUGAAAACUUGGUACUUGUUGCUCCGUAUAGUAACUUGGUACAAAGUAA